CGCGGAGCCGUCAGUCGGCGGCGCGGGGCCCGGCGGGCGCGGCGCUCCCUCCUCCCGGUGCUAGCGAGGAGGCGGUGGCCCAGGGCGGGAGCCCAGCCCGGGCGGGAGCGCGCGGCGAGCCGCCCGGCAGCCCUGCGGGGAGGAGGCCGCCGGGUGCUUUGUUCCGUUCCGGGGCUGGAGGUGUGGCCGGCGGUGUGGCCGGUUCCGCGCUCGCCGGGCUGCGCUGCGCUGCACCCGGCUGCACCCGGGCAGCGGGCUCCGGCUGUGCGUGGCCUCUGUCCCCUAUCACCGGCUCUGGUUUAACGGUGUGCAGCGGAGAAGUCGCUCGCCACUCCGACCCAAGUGGGAAGGGCCUAGCCGCCGCUUAGACAGACUCCUUUGAUUGUAGUCAUCCUGGGGUUCCUCGGCUGCCCGGGUCUGACUACCAGAAACAUGGCGACCAGCGCUGUUCCCAGUGAAAACCUUCCCACAUAUAAACUAGUAGUGGUGGGAGAUGGUGGUGUGGGCAAGAGUGCGCUCACUAUUCAGUUUUUCCAGAAGAUCUUUGUGCCUGACUACGACCCCACCAUUGAAGACUCCUACCUGAAGCAUACAGAGAUUGACAAUCAGUGGGCCAUCUUGGAUGUUCUGGACACAGCCGGGCAGGAGGAGUUCAGUGCCAUGCGGGAACAAUACAUGCGCACAGGGGAUGGCUUCCUCAUUGUCUACUCCGUCACCGACAAGGCCAGCUUCGAGCACGUGGACCGCUUCCACCAGCUCAUUCUGCGUGUCAAGGACAGGGAGUCAUUCCCAAUGAUCCUUGUGGCCAACAAGGUGGAUCUGAUGCACCUAAGGAAAAUCACCAGGGACCAAGGAAAAGAAAUGGCGUCCAAAUACAAUAUCCCAUAUAUAGAGACCAGUGCCAAGGACCCGCCUCUCAACGUGGAUAAAACCUUCCAUGACCUAGUUAGAGUAAUUAGGCAACAGGUUCCAGAGAAAAACCAGAAGAAGAAAAAGAAGACAAAAUGGCGAGGAGACAGGGCCACCGGCACUCACAAACUGCAGUGUGUCAUCUUGUGACAGCCUGAAGCCCUGGGCAUAGCAACCGUGAACUGCCAGCCCCUGGGACCAGCCCACUGCCUAACUGCACUGAGAACCAUUUCUAACCACAGCCCUUGGCUCUGGACUGGGCAUUGGAAGGGAAUGAGGGAGGAGGGGGCAGAAGCAGGCCGGGGUUGGCUUUGCUGCCUCUCCCAGGAGACAGGGCUACAGCUUCCAAACCCUUUGUGUGUUGGUUGAGCCCAGUUCCCAGUCUCUUGGUGGGCUUGUUUCUUUUAACUCCACAGGGCUGGUUUGCUAUGGAAGUGCUUACCCACAUACAACGCACCAGACAAGCCAUGAGCAAGCUUCCUCCCUGUCCCAUCCCGUGUCUGAGCUCUUGUGUCUUUUGUAGAUUUUUAAAUUAUUUGAGUAACGAUUAUUUUAUUAAAGAGGUCUGUGCCCAUUGCCUGGCGAAGCCCCAAGUCUUUGGCAGACCUCUGAUAAAUGUCUGCAAUAGGGCUGUUGUCUUCUUAACCGAGUGUUCCUAGCAGUGCCAAACUCCAUCCUGGAUGAGAGGCAGAAGUAGGUGGAGUCUUAUCAAAAGCCUGGGGUCAAACCCAGGAAGCAAACAGACCCCAGAGACUGGAGAGAGGGGGUGGAUUUACCUGGAGGGCUUUGGUGCACUUGAAAAAAAAAAGGCAGAGAUUAGAAAAUAACUCCCCUCACCACUACAUCCCCACCCUCAAUCCUGCCCCCACUGAAGUGAGAGCUAGCUGGGCCCGGUUCACCCCUGGUGGGAUUUCCUUUCCCUGAGUGUGUGGUGAGGCCAGUGACUGGCUUUGCAAAAGGACUCAUUUGCUUUCCAUGCAGUGGGUAAAUUCUGCGUUCAGAUGUGGACCGUGUCCCUGUUGCUCUCAGACUAUGUAUUGCUGUGCCUCUGACACAAACUUAGGGACAUGUUCAAGGAGGUGGAUGUGACAUCAUCCAGAAAGCUCUGAACUGAAAGAGCUCAAUACUAUUAUCUUAGAAGCCCCAGGACCUGAAGCCAUUUCCACCCAAGUCAGCUGACCAUUACUUUUAUAAGUCCAGCCAAUGAGCAAACCCCUUCUGGCAGGUAUGGCUGCCGUUCGGUACACACUUUCUUUGCUCUCUUAGGUCAAAGGGGAAGGAAGCUGAGCUGAGGACAUGGUCCACACACUUAUUUGAGCAGGGACACCUCCCGCCACAACGCACUCCUCCCUCUCUGGUGCUGCUAGUGGGGUAGAGAGUGGCUUUUUCCAGCUAAGACCCGUAUGGAGGGACAGCAAGGACCAAGUACACCCUGUGAGAGGGUUGGGACUGGAGGUGGCUGGCAUAGUGAGUGAGCUCAUCUUCCAGCUCCCCUCGCAGAACAGAGGCUCCCACCAGGGGGCUGGGCCAGUACGGAAGGAAAUCCAAGGAAACCAGGCACCAAGUAGGGUGCCCAGCCUCGUGAUUCCUUUCCAACCCAGAGAGUCCUAAAUUCUUCACACGCAGGGUCAUCAGGACAGAAGGCCCCAUGCAAGGGACAACUGUGCUACAGAAGGAAAUGACUGACGCUUUUGCUAGCUAGAGAUCAAGCUUCCUACUCACCAGACUGCCACCCCGCCCCGAUUUUUUUUUUUUCUUUCUGUUCCUGAAAAGGAUACUAGAGGGCAUGCCAGAGGAGGUAUCUCACCAUUUUUCAGAUCCGGUAAUACUUAUGAAUAUUUUCAACACGAAAAGAACCAGGCUUUCUUCAGCCCUGGGCUCUCUAAGCCACACCCAUAGCUGCUGCAGUCCGGAGAGAGGACAGAUGGAAGGAGGGUCAGGAGGCUCUAUACUCAGGGCAGCAGCCACUGCCAGAGAAGCCAUGUCCUGCCACCUGCUACCGGCACACCCUCACUUCUGUGGACCAGCGCCUCUCCUGCUCCAAGUGGAGACUCUUCCCGGAAGCAGACUAGACCAAAGCCCUGAGGAGUGAGUCACACAGCUGACCAGAAGGGAGGCUCCCAGCGCCCCCACCCCUCUCAGCAGAAGCAGUGCAUUCAGCUUCGUCAUCCAGGGCAUCCAUUCUAAACUGCCCACGUCCUAAACUGACCCCACACGCAGGUGGACAAACUCGCCAACUUCUGGCCAUCUCUGGUUCAGGGCUUUCAUCUUCCACAAUCCUGUUUCCCCUACAUGUGGCAUGGGUAGAUGACACUCCAGAAUUAGAAAUGAGCCCUCUGACAGAGUUUCCAGGGAGGCCGAGUAAAAGAUGCUCAGUGAAUCUCCAUCGCCAGCUGACAGGGGACAUCAGGAGACCUGGUUGGCUCUGAUACCACAUGACAGAGGACCCUUUGGGUCUGUACUGAGCUGUCAUUCCGAUGCUCCCUGUAAUUUUUUCAGAAAUGUGUGUUCCCAUCACAUCUGAUGUAUACCUUCCCCGCAAUCCCCUCACCUCUGCCUCUCUUGUGUGCCGAUUUUCUUCCAUUACUCUGCCACCUCUUUAUAGGUUCAUUUGCCACCCCCCCCCCAAGCCAUCCCUUCUCCCCCAGUAUGGGGCUAUGCUAUGGCUCCCUCCUUCCCAAGCACCGUGCCACACAGGAACAUCUGGAUGCUCCCCUUAGGAGUACCCCACGCCCCUCCAUGGCUCUUGCUGUGGAGUACCUGAUUGGAUGCGUGUGCCUUGUCUUGCCUGCCGGAAGACAUGACCCACUGACCAUGCCAGCUCUAACCCCAAAGCCCCUCAGAGCCAUCACACUAAGUCCAGAGCCGCAGAGGGGUCCCUCCUUUUAGCAGCCCACCUGGUUGGAGAGUCCACAUUGGGUCGGGUUUACCCACAAUGCCAGAUACUUGAAACAAUGAGCCCUUUGCGUGACAGUAUUAGCAGGUGGCUGUUGUCGUGCGAGGAGCGAGAGUGAUGCCUGGACAUCUUGUUGACGCUUGAGCCUUUUAUGUACUUUUUAUCAAGUCUUUGUGUAUCUCUACUUAUUAAUAAAGAAACGAUCAGAGA